CAAUUUGCCAGCCAGAGUUGCUCCUUCACUCUCAACAGUAAUCGAAUCAAUCGAUUCUGCCUUGUCUCGUUUUAGAGGGAAUAAGAUGCCCAGGUACCUUACCCAAGUUACUGACUCAGGUAAGCUCAACCGCGACAAGCCACAAACUCAAAGUCACAAAGCACUCCCGAUGUCAGGUCGGUGUCAUAAGACGUGACCGUCAACAGCAGCCUGCCACUCUGUUGACCACAGGUUUCUAAGAACGAUGCCGCUGAGUUCUCGAACCUCGCCCGCCGCCCUGCGAACCAUCAGGGAUGCGUUCGAGGGCUUGAGGCAAAUCGUUUCAGCCGGUGAUCGCGCAGAUUGGGACUCGACAACCCUCGACAAUGUCCGCCAUGCCAUCCAUCUUGUUGAAAACCAGCUCGCAGCUCGCCAAUCUCUGAGAAAUAUGCGCCGACUAAUGCCGCUCUUUGAAGGGUUAGGAUAUUAUUCCAAAUCCAUCGAGGUGCUGUGUAAUGGAACUCCCUACCUUCCGUGGCUCUGGGCGCCGAUCAAGGUGAUCCUGAAAGUUGCAUCCGACUAUGUUGAAGCCUUCGAGACAAUAGUCAAAGCCUACUCCCGCAUUGCCGAGCCUCUUCGUCGAUUCAAAACGCUGGAUCAGGCCUAUUCAACAAAUCCCGACGUCCAACAGACUUUGGCUGUCUUCUACGCAGAUAUUCUCAGAUUCCACAAGGAAGCAUACCAGGUCGUGUGCAGGAAUGGCUUCCAAGUGCUGUUCCUCUCCUGGUGGGGUCGGUUCCAGCGUCGCUUCGAUGGCAUCAUCGAAGACCUCAAAGAACACGAGAGUGUAGUGGAUAAGACCGCUAAUGCCGUGAAUAUCUACGAGGCCAAACGGAUGAGAGACACUGUUUCUGCUUGGAGACAGGAGUUUCUCGCCAAAAUGUCGGCAGAAGAAACAGAACAUACAUCAGCUCAGUACCUCGCCAUUAUAGGGCUGCUAAAAACGGACGGAUCGGACCAAGCCAGGAUCUUCGAGUCUAUAUCUGAUGAAGCUCAAAAAUACCCUGGAACAUGCGCCUGGGUCACUCAGCAAGCCAAAAUGUCAUCAUGGAUGCGGUGCCGCCCAGAAUCCAGCUUCCUCAUCCUCCAUGGACACCCAGGCACGGGGAAGAGCGUUUUGGCAACUCAAGUUGCUACAUUUCUCCGGUCUGGCGAGCAAUCUCUCGUCUUUACACACUUUUGCACUUAUUCCGACAUGGCAUCCAUGGAGUACGACCAGGUUCUGAGAUCCAUCUUAACCCAACUGAUUCGAUCCAACACCGACUUGGUCGCCCACGCAUACCAGGAGCUAGUGCUGAAGAAGAAGACUCCCAGUCCCGCGGUUCUCGACCAACUAUUGCGAACCCUGAUCCCGGCCGCAUCGCCCCUUCCAUCCAAAGUCAGAUACAUCCACAUCGUUGUGGACGGCCUUGACCAGUGCUCAGAGGAUACCCAGGGGAAGGUCAUCACAUUACUUGAACGGAUAGUAACGACCGCUUCCACAUCGGGCUCGACUGUCUGCAAGGUGUUGGUAUCCGCUCGUUUAACACCGGUGAUUAGGAGGAAAUUGAGAAACAAAACAACGCUCUCCUUGGCAGACGAAAAGGUCAACUUAGAAAACGCCAUCCGGCAGUACACGAACCAGAGGCUCCAGUCAUUAUCACCCCGUCUAUCGCAAGCGAAGAUUACGGAUGAUGAUAUUAGGGAGAUGGGAGAUCUCACAGUGACAAAGGCAGACGGCAUGUUUCUUUGGGCAAGACUAGUCUUGGACUACCUAGGGACAAAUCUAUCAUAUCUGUUUACGCGAGAAGAGGUUUUGAAGGCAGCACACUCCCUCCCAAGGGAACUUUCGGAAUUCUACGGGAGGAUCCUCACUCAGCUCACAUCGCAGUUAGACGAACGCUCUGUUGCCCGAAUGCAGCUUAUUCUGCGUUGGAUUGCCUUCGCCAAGCGGCCGCUGAGGAGGUCCGAAUUCCGAUCUGCUCUAGCUUUCAGCUUGGGGGUCCCAGAUAUAUCGGAGAUAGUUCCUUCAUAUGUGUUUGACGGUCUCGCGUCGCUGGUUGAAGAACGGCGUGACUCAUCCUUUGCUUUUAUCCAUGUUUCUGUUAAGGACUUUCUGCAGAGCCCUGAAAGCACGUUGGUGCUGGAUGAAAAAGUCGCACUCUACGAGCAAGGCCUGGCUACCGCUAGCUGCCUGCUAUCCGGCUUUCGUUGGAUAGCACCACGAUCAGCUUCCGUAGAGCCACUCAAGAUCAGCCGCAUCAUCCGAGGUCUUCAUGCUUUCCACAUAUACUCCACGCAGUUCUGGGUGGAAUAUCUCCUCUCCAUUGCCUCGACCAAUGACGGCAUAGACACCGGAUCUCCCUUCUUUCUGCAGUCUCAUCAGCUGGCAGAAGAACUGCUGAGUCAACAGCAAGAUUCAAGCACAAGUUUGAGAAAAAGCAUCGCAUCACUGGCCUCAGAUAGCCGUUUGGUGCAUUUAGAGCCGUACCCCAACCUAUAUACAGUUGUCGCUACGAUUCUCAUGGAAAAGAGACAGAAUUAUCUUGAAGGCAUCAAGGAAGACGGCACUACAUGUACGGUAAAGUGUGAUGCAGCUCAUCAUCUGCGGUCCCUGAUGCUUCACUAUCAGCAAACCAUCAGGGACAUUCUAAACCAGCGGGUCCUCCCUGGAGUUACGAUGCAGGACCUCGACGGGUUCAAGCAAGAUUUCCGAUCAACCGCGUUUACUUGCCGCCUUUGGUCAUGCCCCAGUUUUGCUACGGGUUUCGAGACAGAGGAACUUCGCUUCAAGCAUGAAGUUUGCCACCGACGGAUUCUCUGCGAUGUCCCAGGGUGCCAAUAUCCCCCUUUUUCUUCUGUUGACAGCCUCAAGGCCCAUAAGUCAAAAUGUCAUUUGCCAGCUAGCACCAGUGGCCCGGGAAGAAGAGGUAUCCGAAAAUCCCGGGAUCGGUUGCCAACACCAUCACAAUCUUCGACCGCUGCCCGGUUUAUGGGACGACCAGGCUCGCUCCCGUAUCCGACGGAUAGGCAUGACUUGACCCUCUUCCAUUCCGACUCAGACGAGGAACGUGAUGACUCGACCAUGAUCGUCACCAUCCCGCGGCCAAGCUCACCACAGUCUUCGACCGCUGCCCCGGUUCCGUUCCGGACCACGAUGGACUCGGAUCAGCUGGCUAACGCAGUUGGUGGCAAAGCUGUGGAUGCCCAGAAGAGAUCAGCAGGUAUUGCCGGAGUCCCUCAGCCUCCGAAUGCUCCUGGCGCCCAAGUGCAACUCCAGCAGAAUCAGCCAGGAUUGCCCCCUGGGUACACGUACCCGAUUUUCCAAGUAACACCGCAGGACAUGGAAGCAUUCCGCAAGCACCCGAAAGUUGCGACGAUGAGCGACGAGUCGUUGUACGAAUUUAUCAAGAGAGCGAAAAGGGACAAUUUCUACAAGAGGAGUUGGGAGGCCUACAAUGCUCAAAAUCAGGGCAAUGCCAAUCCCCCCGCAGGGGGCCAAAAAACGACUCCACAGAUCCCCCAGAUCCCGGUCACUCAGCCAGGGAGCGUCACGCCAAUUCAACAGCAAAACCUGCGCCAGAACGCCCAGCAGCAAGCCGCUCAGAUGAAGCCUCCCGGUGUCCCGGCGGCAGACGCGGUGACGACCGCGGCUUCGGCAACCCCCAACAACGUCCGACCGCCGCCAAACCCUUCCCCCGCUCCAGCACCCAAGAGUUUGAGGCGGCCGAGCCCCGACGAUUCGAACGAGGCGUCCAGCCAGCCAAGCAGUGCUAUGCAGCGUGCCUCUUCGCAGCUUGAAGUCCGGCCCCCGACCGCCGCCCAGAAGCUGAGUCCUGAGCAGAUAGCAAAACUUCCACCUGACCAGAAGGCUGCCGCGAUGCGGAAGCAGGUGCAGCAGGGCCAGCAUGAGUACGCCUACGAGAUCAGCCGGUUGAAGGAGAUCCAGCGGCAGGCGCUCCAGGGGCACCAACAGCAACCCGGUGUGGAGAUAGCAAUGUCUGGCUCGGAGCUACAGGAGACGCGUCACAGAAUCGCGAAGGCGCGCGGGAACAUGGAUAUGUUACGCGGGCAAGGCAUACUCCAGUGGUACCGUCUCACCAAGGACGACGCACGAGCAACCAUGUUCUUCAAAGUGCGCUUCAAGAUAGUCAGCCAGUUUCUCGAUGGCGAGAAGAUGACACAGAUGCGGCCGUCCUUGACCAUUUCCAAAGACGAGCUAGAUCAGUUCAUCUCCAUGACGGACGGCAUGCUCCGAGAGCUACCCAUUGCUUUGAAAGCGAACCAAGGCGCGGCCGGGAGUGCGCAGCCAGGAAACCAACGCCCCUCCCAGCCAGCUCCCGCUGCGGCCCCAUUAAGCGCCGCAAACUUGGAGGAGCAGACACAGGCUCUCAAGCAAGCUCAGAACCGGACGAUUCCUAAGACUGCGCAGCCCCCUGCAGCCCCGACGACAGCCCAACCACCGUUCCAGUUUGGCGCCCACAAGUCACCCGCCAGGAACCCGGAAUACUUCAGCGAGCAACGUAUCACACCCGCCAACCUGGUCCUCCCGCCCCGGAAGAAGGCAAAGACUGCAGCAGCCCAGAAGUCUCCUCCCGUAACUCAAACUCAGGCGGCGGGGCCCUCAUCCCCACAAACGAAGGCGCCGUCUCCUACAGUUGGUAGAAAAGCCGAACCAGUCAAGGCCCCGCCGAAGCUAGUAUGCCCCGAGCCCGGCUGCGAGAUGAACUCCAUGGGCUUCCAGAGCGAGGAGGCGCUCAAUGCUCACCGCGAGGAGGAACAUGUCAAGCCGUACGAGAACCCAUACGGGUUCUUGCAGGAGCAGAUAACCUCUGCUUUGGGGCUGGACGCGCAAGGUCAGCCGAAGCCGGCACAGCAGCUCAAUAGCCAGGAGCCGGCGGCUCUUGCAGCACCACCCAUGAGUGCUAGCGUCUCCAAACAGGGCCAGACACCGAGGAGCAAACCGGAGUCGGCGGCGACACCAAUGUCUCGGGGGGCAUCCAUGCGGCGGCAGGGCAGUGCAGCAGGAGCCAAGGCGGGCGAAGUCGUCGG